CUCCUCGCGUUCCCAACCCGGCACCGGACCCCAGGGGGCCACCGCCCAGCAGCCGCCCGCGCCUCCCCUACCGCGACGCCGGGGGUUGGGGGGGGCGGCGGGUUUCUUUGUUCGGGCGUCGGGCGCACGGGACCCCUCCCACGUUGUCACCCGCACCCACCCGGCGCACUCCAUCCGCCUCCUGGAGUUCACCCCGACCAGGUGGCGGCGGGCGCCUUUUGGGGGUGCGCGGCCGUGCAAUUGGUGGAUUUUUUUAAACCGCUGUGGAGGGGGCAGCGCGGCGUGGGGGGCGGCGAGAGCGCUCCUGGCUGCGGGCUGCUGCUCCUGCCUGGCUCCCGCUCGGCUCCCGCUCUCCCGCUGCUCCUCUCCGCGUCUCCCGCGCGCUUCACCGCGCCCGGCUUGGCCCAGCGCGCUUCCCCGACGCCGCAGCCCCAGCCGGGCAGUACCGGGUGCCGAGAUGAAGGUGCUGGGACACAAGAUCGAGCUGCUGGCAGGGCUACUGCUCCACGACGUGACCAUGGCGGGACUGCAGGAGCUGCGAUUCCCGGAGGAGAAGCCACUGCUCCGGGGCCAGGACGCCACCGAGCUGGAGAACCCUGACACCUUCCUCUCAGCUGUGGACACAGACUGGAAGGAACAUGACAUUGAGACGCCCUAUGGCCUUCUGCACGUGGUGAUCCGGGGCUCCCCCAAGGGGAACCGUCCGGCCAUCCUCACCUACCAUGAUGUGGGCCUCAACCACAAGCUGUGCUUCAACACCUUCUUCAACUUUGAGGACAUGCAGGAGAUCACCAAGCACUUUGUGGUGUGCCACGUGGAUGCCCCCGGACAGCAGGUGGGAGCGUCGCAGUUUCCUCAGGGGUACCAGUUCCCGUCCAUGGAGCAGCUGGCUGCCAUGCUCCCCAGCGUGGUGCAGCACUUCGGGUUCAAGUACGUGAUUGGCAUUGGCGUGGGAGCCGGAGCCUACGUGCUGGCCAAGUUCGCACUCAUUUUCCCCGACCUAGUGGAGGGGCUGGUGCUCAUGAACAUUGACCCCAAUGGCAAAGGCUGGAUCGACUGGGCUGCCACCAAGCUCUCUGGCCUGACCAGCACUUUACCGGACACAGUGCUCUCCCACCUCUUCAGCCAGGAGGAACUGGUGAACAACACCGAGCUGGUGCAGAGCUACCGGCAGCAGAUCGGGAACGUGGUGAACCAGGCCAACCUGCAGCUCUUCUGGAACAUGUACAACAGCCGCAGAGACCUGGACAUUAACCGACCUGGGACAGUGCCCAAUGCCAAGACGCUCCGCUGCCCCGUGAUGCUGGUGGUCGGGGAUAACGCGCCUGCUGAGGAUGGGGUGGUGGAGUGCAACUCCAAACUGGACCCAACCACCACCACCUUCCUGAAGAUGGCAGAUUCUGGAGGGCUCCCCCAAGUCACACAGCCAGGGAAGCUGACUGAGGCCUUCAAGUACUUCCUGCAAGGCAUGGGCUACAUUGCAUACUUGAAGGACCGAAGGCUGAGUGGAGGAGCAGUGCCCUCAGCCAGCAUGACUCGUCUCGCGCGCUCUCGCACCGCAUCUCUCACCAGCGCCAGCUCAGUGGAUGGCAGCCGCCCGCAGGCCUGCACCCACUCAGAGAGCAGCGAGGGGCUGGGCCAGGUCAACCACACCAUGGAGGUGUCCUGCUGAAGCCCUGGGCUCUACCCAAGACGCCUGGCCACCUGCAUCGAGGUCCCACUGCCAUCCCUGCACCGGCUCAUUUUCCCUUUAGUUUAUUUUUGUGAGGGCAAAGUGGGGGAAUGGGGCUACUUCUCUUUUUAAAGAUGAGGGGAUCCACCGUAGAUGCUGCAGCAGAAGUCUCCAGAUGGUUGGAGGGGCCCCUUCCCCCACCCUCAUCUCACUCCCCAUGCGAACUUGGCUUCUCAGGCCCUCACAUCCAACACACAGCCUGGGCACAGUCAGGGCUGGGCCUUGCUUGGGGAGUUGGGGUUAGCUAAACAAAGAGUUGGAGUUCUUGGACCAGGAUCCAGGAUCAUCCCCCCAUUAAACAGAGCAUGGCUCCACCUUGGGCAAGCAGGUUUGAAGAAGCAGUGGGGUUUUGAGAUGGUCAGUGCUGGGUUCAGACCUUGAUGUGGGGGCAGGAGAUAGCAGCCAGGCAACCUGGAGCUCUGAGGUCCCUCACCCUCAGCUCCACCAAGCACACAGGUUUCUGGUUUGUAGUACAGGUGCUCUGCAUCUGGACAAUGGCCACAAGGGGGCACUCUGCCCAAGCAGUGGCUUUCCUGGACCAGAGCCCAGGCUGGUGCUGUAAGGCCAAACAGGGGCUGAAGGGAGUUUCCUGGCCUAAGAGAGGACAUGGAAAAUCCUGAGAGCAGGAACCCCAACACUGUCCCUUUCUGGCCCACAUACUCUGCUACUUGCUGGCCCUUUCCCAUUCUGAGCCAAAGUCUCUCUGAGGCAGAAGUUACCUGUCCCCCUCUAGUGACCUGACUGGGGGCAGAAGGAAAAGACUAGGAUUGCUCUUGUGUGUUCUGUAUACCCAAGAACUUCAAGGUUACCAUCUGUGGGGUCAGCAGGUGGAGGGACACAGUGUAGCUUAGAGUUCCCAUAGACCCUGUUUGCCUUAGUCCCAGAGGGCAGCCUACUCAGCACAGCAUGGUGCCCAGCAGAGCUCCUGUACAGCCACAGCAGCAUCUCCAGCAGAAAGGCUGGUCCAGGGCAGCAAGACUCCAAAGCCCCAUGUCACCACCUCUACCUGCAGGAGUGGACAUGGGCGGGGCUUGCUGGGCCCUGGGGCGGCAGUUGAAGGUUCUUGAAGUGAACAGGGGCCACGCCACGCAGAGAAAAGCUCCCCACACACCCAGCCCCUCCUGCCACCUGAUGUCCAGGCUGUGCCAUUUACUUCCUAUCCACCCACCUUACCAGGUAUAAUCUCCCAGCUCAGAAAACAGAGCCAUUUGUCUCAGCGUAAAUAAAAUGUCACAACCCCCCUCCCUCCAAGAAGGGACAGCACUGAAAAAAUGAAGGGCUGUGGAGGGGGAGGGUGGUGUGUGGGUGUUCUGAGGCUGAGGACGCCAGCAUCUGCAUUUACUCACACACAUUGCCUCCCUUCUAUAAUCUUAAGCCAUUACUAGAUUGCUCUAGGGCCUGGUGGAGUACAGUUUGUCCCCAGUUCUGUUGACUCACGUGCUUCCUUUGAAUAUUGAAUGUGACUGUUCAAAGCUGGUAGAAUUAACCCCUCUUACUGUAGAUAGCACUUCAAGUAUUUUUUUUGCUGUGUUCUUAUAUCUAUAAAUAUCUAUACAUUAUAUAUAUAUGUAUAUUGGGUCCUCCUGUGUGUGCUUUUUCAUUGGAGGAUUGUCUCUUUGGUCAAGGUGAACUUUUAAUGGGGAGUUUAAUUAUUUUCCUCUCUGUACAAAGUGAAGAGCCUAAUUUUGUGUAUUCUGGUGGCUGAUGUCAUAAGACAUUGAAAUGACAAAAUGUUAAAUAAAAACCCUUGUCAAUGUAGAAAGAGAUACCUGUAUUGAAACACUAAUAAACUAAAAAGAACCUAA